UGUGUGUAACGGCAGAGGGCGUGGUUAAAGAACUUCCGGUUCCUACUACAUAACAUCCGGUUCUAGUCCAAACCCGGGUUUGUCGAACUAUGUGCCAUGGAUAGAACCAUUGCCAACCAACCAAGUGUUGGUGAUGAGACGAAGGCUGAGAAGGAAGUGGAGGAGACCCAUCGCCUGAACAGUGAUCAUAAUAAAGAGGACAAGGAAGUCGAAACCCUGGUCACUUCAGAUGACAAAGUGAAAGACAACAGCAAUGUGAAGAAGAAAAGAAAACCUCUGUAUUUUUGGUCCACAGCAGAUGUUAACAAAUGGUUACGGAAACGGUGUGGUUGCUACUGUGAUAUGUAUGAAAAUAUGUUUUUGGACCAUGAAGUAACAGGUCGUACAUUGAUUAGAAUGAAUGACAUCAAACUGGAGAAAAUGGGCAUUACAGACAGCAAUCAUAGACGAGAACUUAUGCAACAGAUUCUACAGCAGAGAUUAAAACAUGAACGUGUGGAGUUAAAAAAUGCAAACAUGCGUGGCAGUUUGAUGUUGCCAUUCCAUCAGAAUGGAAGGGAUGGAUUUGAGGAGACAAAAGUAACUGGCUUGUUGGAAGCACCAUUACCUCCAUAUUAAAACUUGCUGAAUUGCAAAAAGAAAUUUUGGUUAUUGACUUCAUGAAUUGUGAAGCUUCCAUUCUCACUUUGAACAGGUUCCAAGAGGAAUUCACAAAACAUUGAGGUAUCAAAGACUCUUAGAAUUAACUUUAACAGGAUCUUGUUAUAUCCAACACCUGAGAAUUAAUAACUUCCAUUGAAAUUAACCAGCAUUUUAGUGAAAAAUAUUUAAUAUAUUUUAGAAAGGUUUAAAUGCUUAAAAUAAAUCUUUUAAAUUGCUUAACAUCUGGGAGAUGUACCAGAUGGCACUUAUCAAAGUUUUUUGUUAAUAUGGACUCAUCAGAACUUCUUAAUGGCAUUUCAUUUACACAGAGAAAAAAAAUUGUUUUUAAUCAUCUCAGAUCUUUGUGCAAGUUCAGUUUCUAUCUGUUGUUAUUUAUAAAUUCUUUUCUAUUAACAAUUUUUUUAAUGAGAAGGAAACAAUUGCAAAUGAUUUUCAACAACUCCUCCUUAUCGUUUUUUUAUGUAACGAUUAACAGAAAUCUGUAAUUAGCUGUCUAUGCAAUGUGACACAAUGUGUAGUUAGCUGCCUGAUGUCCUGCCAGAUAUUAAUAUUGACAGGUAACCUACUUGUUCGGUCUCUUAUGAAACCCUGCUUAAAUUCGUUUCUGAGUUCUGGAUUUUAAUGAAAUACUUUCAGCAACAGUAGCAGAUUUCUAUAAACUUGAUGUUAAUUAAUCUAUUAAUUUGGAAGUAAUUGGUGAAGAAAGAGGGAAGGAAACCAGUGUCUCUAGAUUAUAACAAGUUUCCAAAUCUACAACUGCAGAAUUGUCUACGAAAUAACAAAAAUCUGGGUCUUUAGGUGUGUAGGAAGGUGGUCAAUGAUAUUUCUAUAAUCAGAAAUAUCUGCUAAUUGGUAAUCAAUAAGAAGAGAGACAUAAGAGGUUGUAAUGGUCAUGCCUUUAAUAACAGUAAUGAGUGUUUCUCAAGUGAAAUAGUCUCGGCAACAUUGACCUGGAUAUGGCCAGUGUGUGUGUGUGUGUGUGCACAUACGUGUAACCACUUUGCUGGCUGAGUUGGCUGUGAUUUUCUCUCUUAGAACAAACAGAACCGAGACAACCUUUAAAUAUGGUUUAUAUAAGACUGGGUGGUCAUCUUGGACUCUGCUGCUACUACUACUAGCUGUCUUAAUGCUAUAUACUGUCAGAUCUUGUAAUACUUACUAUGUGAUGUUUUCUGAAAUAUUUCCUCUUCACUCGCCUUUAUUAGAAUCCAUUUUUAGUAGUGGCCAAGUGCUAAGGUGGACUUAGUCACAAUCUAUGUUGAAUGUUUUCAGUCUUGUUAUUGCCAAGCUUUGCCUUUCAUUUCAAAUAGAAUUUAAAAAAAAAAAAAAAAGGACCAGUAAUUUCAAUUCCAGUCACUUAUGAAAUCCUAAACUAUCAAAAAAAGGAAAAGAAAUUAUUGCAUUGAAAGCCAGACAAAGUGGCUCUCACGACUUCAAAAUCCUGCCAGAACUGAAUCUUUCUCCUUGUUAUAAACGAUUAAAGUGAUUGUGGCCUUGUGCCUUUAUUAGAGAGAAUUAUUAUUAUUAUCAUUAUUAAGGUAAUAUCAGAAAUGGCAAUUUAAAUAAAAUAUCAAGUGAUUCAGGAAGUUCAAAUCUUGCCUUCAGUCUCAUCAAAGUUGAAAAAUAAGUACCAGUAAUAUACUGUAUUAAAUUUACUCCUCUACGCAUUGGGGUGGUGCUUUCAGAUAUUAUCAUAAAUACAAAUAUUGUUAUCAAAUAAGUUUUCUUUGUUCGUUCUUUGUUCAGUAUUACAUUACCAUAUUGAAAUUAUACAGUUGAAGACUUUACUACUUAAAAGGAGUUUCAUUAAAUAUUUUUUGAUUAAUACAACUUUUAUAGAUUUUUUUUUUUCAGUUUUUCCUGUUUGAAUUCUUUCAAUUUAAAAUAACGACCAUUGCCAAAUAUUUCAUUCAGUUCAUUAAUUGACUAGUUUCUUACAAACCUAGGUAUUUGGAUUAUCCAGAGAUAAUCCCAUAGAAUUUGAGGACAUUAAUGUCAUUUGAAGUUGAGGAGAAACAUUCUGUAAAUUGAAAACCAAACCUAAAAUAUUCUAACAGACUUCCAUUGUUUCUUGCUGGCAUUACAAGCAAAAGGUCUUUCUUCAACUUCACACAGAAGCAUUCUGUUGAAGCUUUCUAGAUAUUAUUAUUAUUGCCAAAAAUCAUAGAAUGUUUUCAUUUCAUUUAUUUGUUGGUAAGAAAAUGUGUUGAGCUGUUAUGUAGUGUGGUGACUUGUUUUGUUGGUUGGAUAGAAACUGUAUUUUUCAUACAAAUUUUAAUGGAAAUAAAUUGUUAAUAAUUUUAA